AUGGCCGAGCAGCAAGUAAUUUGUUCUAAAAACAUAGAAAUUGAAGGCCAAAUUGCUUUUGGUCAAGGCUCUGUGAUCCACCCUGACUGUUCCAUAAUAGCUGAAUCUGCCCCAAUUGUUUUCGGCGAAUACAAUAUCAUUGAAGAAAGAGUCAGAAUAAUAAAUCGAAAACCUGAAGAAAACCCAGCCCCGCUUCCAUUACAGAUUGGCUCAUAUAACAUAUUUGAAGUCGGCACUAUAAUAGAAUACAGUGAAAUAGGGAAUUAUAAUGUUUUUGAACACCGAUGCAAGGUAGAGCCAAAUUGUAAAAUUGGGAAUGGCUGUAUUAUUACUGCAGGGGUCAGGGUGGCAAGAGGAACCACAAUUCCUGAUCUGACCGUUGUGUAUGGAGAAGGACAAAUGAGGAAAAAUCAAGGGAUGCAAGAAGACAGUUUUAGGCAUGAAAUUAAAGCUCUUACAGAAGUGCUUGCUAAAUGCUUGGGCAGCCAAGCAAUACAGGCUUCUCAUAAAUAA